AACAGCACUUACAGCAGAAAACGAUCUGGUGGUCGUGAUGUUCAGCUCCUUCUCCAACUCUCAAAUUUGUGGUUUCGUACUUGUUCAGAGCAUUGUUUUUUUCUGUCAUCUUGGCAUCACUGAGACACUACACUCCAGCCAACCCACCACAUGUAUGUUUGAUCCUUGGGGCUGAUGACAUAGAGGUCCUGGUGAGAUGUCCUUGAAUAGAAACAAGAGCCAGUCUUCUCCGUCAACGACAGCUCUGCCUCUGCCCUUCAACAAUUCCACCUCUCCACAUUCCUUACCAUGGGAGGAGGGAAGAACGACUCAUGAGUCUGUGCAGGAGUGGUUGGAGAACAAGACCCAACUCCUCUCCGACCUUGCUGUUCUCGGGCACGAUGAGCAGUGCCUUAUGUCUCCUGUCCUCAUCGCAUGUCUAGUUGUGUGGUACAGCAUGACGAUGGUACUGGGGCUGGUGGGGAACAUCGGCCUCAUCUGCAUCAUCGCCCGUCGCAGAGAAAAAGUCAACGUCACUGGCAUUUUCAUCUGCAACCUGUCAUUCUCUGACAUCCUAGUGUGCGUCUUCUGCCUCCCCUUCACUGUCAUAUACACACUAAUGGACCAUUGGGUGUUUGGAGCGUUGUUAUGCCAACUGGUGCCAUUCAUCCAGUGUGCGUCUGUGACCGUGUCUGUACUGUCUCUGGUGUUCAUCGCUCUGGAAAGACAUCAGCUCAUCAUUAACCCCUCUGGGUGGAAACCAAGCAUUCCUCAGGCCUACGUGGCGGUCGUUCUUAUUUGGAUUCUGGCCUGCUUCACAUCCUCACCUUUCUUGGCCUUUCAGCUACUCACAAGUGAGCCAUAUACCAACAUGAACCUGCACCAGUCUCCACUCCAUCACCAAGCCUCUGCUCAGGCUAAUCCCAAUGCAUCUCCACCUCAACCUGUUUCCUAUACAUACAAAAACGUAUCUGUGCUUCCAAAUUCAUACCGCGACCUCUUUUCUUAUAUCCCCACCGCUCCACACAUAGAGGUCUGUCUGGAGCACUGGCCAUCCCAGCAACACAGGCUUGCUUAUACCACAUGGCUCCUGCUGUUCCAGUACUGUGGUCCACUAUUGCUGGUCCUGCUCUGUUAUGUUAGAGUUUUUGUGCGCCUUCGCCACCGCAAAGACAUGCUGGACCGCGCCAGAACCCCUGAGAACCAGCGCAUGACCCACAGUCGCCGAAUCAACAUCAUGCUGGUCGCCCUCAUAACAGCCUUUGCUCUUUGCUGGCUGCCGCUCACCAUCUUCAACGCAGUGUCAGACUGGAACCAGGAGGCUCUGCCCAUCUGCCACCACAACCUGUUGUUCUCCCUCUGCCACCUGCUGGCCAUGUCCUCCACCUGUAUCAACCCCAUCAUCUACGGCUUCCUCAACUCCAACUUUCGGCAGGAGGUGAGAGACUUGCUCCUGCACUGCCGCUGCAACCUGCUAGAGGAAGAGUGUGAGCAUUUCCCCAUGUCCACUGUGCACAUGGAAGUGUCCCGCACCUCUGUGCCUCCCAACUGCAGGAGCAACUCCGUCUGACUUUGAUAUGACAACCCUGAAGGAUACUGCUGUAUUAGGGUAAAGUCCCAUACACUGUACAGUAGGACUAACUUCUGCUGUGUGUUCUACCUUUUAAUUUUGACAGUGGUUUAAAAUGCAACAUUUUGUCAAUGGUUUGAAGUUAAAGUGUGCAGUACAAUGUUGGUUCAUCUUAUUUAGCAGCAAGGAGUGUGUUGAUUUA